UUAGUGAUCGGCUGCGUUUGUUUACGCACGUGUCGUGUAGUUUAGUUUUAAUUCGUAUUAAAAUAAUAAACGUGUUGUGCGAAGCAAAAAAAUGGACAGCGAGGGCGAUGAUUAUGAGCUGACCGGUUCCGAGCAGGAGUACGAUGAGGAGGAGCGCGAGAUUUUGGAGGAUCUGCGCAAGCAACGCCAAAAGCGCCAAGAGCAGGAUCCCGUCCAGGAAGUUUUGGCUUUUAGUGAUGCUGACGAUGACGAUGAUGGGGAUGAUGUGGCGGAGCUGAUGCGGGAUAGUGACAUCGAGGGAGCCGAGGACGAUGAUCGCGAUCUGCCCGAUACAAUGGAUUGGGGCAACAAGCGGAGCACAUACUACAACACAGACUUCGUAGACCAAGACUACAGCAGCUACAAUGCCCAAGAGGAGGAGCAGGCCCUUGCCGAAGAGGAAGAGGCCAAGAAGAUCCAGUUGAGACUGGCAAAGCGGCUUAGCGAGGCGGAUUUUAAGUUAGACGAUGUCCAAGCGGCGGCAGGAAGCAGUGGCGACGAGCUAGAGGAGGACGAAGUGACCAAAGUGACUACAGAUUUGACUGGUUUAUCGGCCCGUGAACGUAGGCAGCUGCUGCAGAAAGACUCUCCGGAGUUCUUAGGGCUUACCCAGGACUUUCAGAAGCAUUUGGUAGAGGUCAAGGAUCUAAUCACACCGGUUCUUAAUUACGUGAGAAACCAUGAUGUUCCCAUGGUACCGGCUCUUAAGUACGCUAGCCUAUUCCACACCGUGCUCUCCACAUACUGCUCGAACGUGGCCUUCUAUUUACUGCUAAAGGCGCGCCGGAGCAGCGUCAAGUUCCAUCCGGUGGUCAAGCGUCUGGUGCAGCUCAAGCAGCUGAUUGAGCAGCUAACUCCUCGCUAUGAGGAGUACAUAAGACCGCAAUUGGAGGCGCUUCUGGAGAGAAUUCAGGAUGGCGAUGCCUUUACAGUGCUGGAUGUGGCACAACGCAAGGCCAAGCUCCAGAUUCUCAACAAGUACAAUGAUGUUGAACAGGAGGAAGUAAGCUCCGAUGGUGAUGAUGAGAAAGACAACCAGGACGAACAGAAAGAUGAGAACGAAGAUGAUGACGAUGGCGAAGAGGAGGACGAGGAGCACGUCCGUCGUGGCAUCACUUACCAGAUGGCCAAGAACAAGGGCCUAACACCGCACCGUAAGAAGGAGCUGCGCAAUCCUCGAGUCAAGCACCGCGGUAAAUACCGUAAGGCUUUGAUCCGACGCAAGGGAGCCGUGCGCACUGUACGCAAGGAACUUCAUCGCUAUGGCGGCGAGAUGUCCGGCAUUAAGGCAUCUGUCACCAAGAGUAUCAAGUUCCGUACAUAGUUCAUUUAGCCAUUAUCUAAUAAAUUAACAAGAUCUUUGUUUUAAUUAA